AUGGGGGAAAAUUACCCGUAUCGAUUACGGUAUCUCUCGGUAUCGGAGGCGGUCGCGGGCCACCCUGCGGCAUGCGGACCAACUCACGUCAUCCGCGGUUUUCUGGAUCUUUGCUAUCGCAAUCGCUGGGCCCUGUCACUAUCGCAAAACGUGAGAAUGGGGAAUACGGGGAGCUCUCAGAAAGUCUCGUCGCAAGAUCGAGCGAUUCUCGAUCUCAAGAUUCAGCGCGAUAAGAUUUAUCAGUACCAGAAACGGAUCACCGCCCUUACAGAUCGAGAAACGGAGAUCGCAAAGGAAUGUCUUGCGCGCAAUGACAAGCGGCGAGCACUGCUUGCGCUUCGCCGCAAGAAGUACCAAGAGACACUUCUCUCCAAGACAGACAGCCAACUUGCACAGCUAGAGCAGUUGACCGGACAGGUGGAAUUCGCACUAGUGCAAAAGGACGUUCUUUUUGGACUACAGCAAGGGACCAAGGUGUUACAAGCGAUCAAUAAGGAGAUUGGUGGCAUCGAGGCUGUUGAUCGGCUGAUGGAGGAAACUGCAGAGGCGCGCGCUUAUCAGGAGGAGGUGAGCCAAAUGCUCGAAGGCACCUUAUCUACCCAGGAUGAGGAGGAUGUCGAGGAAGAACUGGAAGCCCUUCGACAGGAGGUCGCUGGGCCAGUCCAUUUGCCUGCUGUCCCCACCGAGCCUUUGCCAGAGCGCCCUCAACAGCAGGUGGAAGAAGAGUCACAAGAACGGGCCUCUCAAGCCGAGACUCGGACACCUGUGCUCGCGUCGUAA